AUGAUCAGAUUACUGAUCAUGCAAUUAUAUCAAUUUAUCACUCUUCUGUUAUCACUUUCGUUACGAAAAAUAGGUUAUGCAAUUAAAUGUUUUACGUGUGCUUCAACUGAUUAUGAAAGUUUAUUUGAACGUUUUACGGCAUUCCAACGUUCCGCAAGUAUUUUACGUUUCGGUGAAUUUUGUGAUAGCCUGGAACAAUUAAAAGCAUUUGCACCGUUAACUAAAUGCGCUUCAACAUGUGUUUCCAUUAUGGAACCACAGUAUUUCGGAGGUGUGCAAUCAAUAACUACACCAUAUACAUUUAUUCGUGGUUGUGCUGAAAAAAUUUUCAAUUCAGUUCAAAAUCAUCCACCUGAAGUAGAUUUUCUUCAUUCCGAAGCAAUUUGUCUUGAAUUACCGCUAUCACAAAUUUGGCCAUCAAUUCAAACUGAUGAGCAUGUACAAGUUUGUUCGUGCAAGAGUGAUGCAUGCAAUACAAAUACUGCAACAGUGAAUAGUAAUAAUUCAAUCACUGCUACAUCUUUUAAACCAAUUUAUUCAUUCCUUCUUACCACCAUAUUAGUAUCAUUGGUAAAUUUAUUAAUUAAUUCAAUAUUAAUUGCAUGA